AUGGCGGAACGAUACAUCCCCGAGCAUCGCCGCACCAACUUCAAGGCCAAGAGCACCUUCAAGCCUGAUGAGCUGCGUCGUCGUCGCGAGGAACAACAGGUGGAGAUCCGUAAACAGAAGCGUGAGGAGAACCUCGCCAAGAGGCGUGGUAUCGGUGCGCGCGGUGAGGGUCUAGGUGCCUCGCUUGGUGCGGCUCCUGACAGCGACGAUGAGGGCGCCAACACCGAGAGCCAGCUCAGUGAGGAUCUCCCUGUUAUGGUCCAGGGAGUCUUCUCCGAUAAGAUUGACGACCAAAUCGCUGCCACCACCAAGUUCCGGAAACUCCUCUCCAAGGAGCGCAACCCGCCCAUCGAGCGGGUCAUCGAGACCGGUGUCGUCAGCCGUUUCGUCGAAUUCCUUCGCUCCCCCCACACCCUUGUGCAGUUCGAGGCUGCCUGGGCACUCACCAACAUUGCCUCGGGUUCUGCUCAGCAGACCCAGGUCGUCAUUGAAGCAGGAGCUGUGCCGAUUUUCGUCGAGCUGCUUCGCAGCCCUGAGCCCGAUGUUCGGGAACAAGCCGUGUGGGCCCUGGGUAACAUCGCCGGUGACAGCCCUCCAUGCCGUGACUUUGUCCUCAGCCAAGGGGCUUUGGCACCGCUCGUCAGCCUGUUGGGUGACAGCCGCAAAUUGAGCAUGCUCCGCAAUGCCACCUGGACGCUUUCCAACUUCUGCCGAGGCAAGACUCCUCAGCCUGACUGGAACACCAUCGCUCCUGCUCUGCCGGUGCUCUCCAAGCUCGUAUACUCUUUGGACGACGAGGUCCUGAUUGAUGCUUGCUGGGCCAUUUCAUACCUCUCAGAUGGAUCCAACGACAAGAUCCAGGCCGUCAUUGAGGCCAACAUUCCCCGUAGAUUGGUGGAGCUGCUCAUGCACGCUUCGACCUCGGUUCAGACUCCUGCUCUUCGAUCCGUCGGAAACAUUGUCACUGGUGACGAUGUCCAAACUCAAUUGAUCAUCAACUGCGGUGCCCUGCCUGCCCUGCUGUCCUUACUCAGCUCUGCCAAGGACGGCAUCCGCAAGGAAGCUUGCUGGACAAUCUCCAACAUCACAGCCGGUAACAGCACCCAGAUUCAAUCUGUCAUUGACGCCAACAUCAUCCCGCCGCUUAUCCACCUGUUGAGCCACGGAGACUUCAAGACCCGCAAGGAGGCAUGCUGGGCCAUCUCCAACGCCACCAGCGGUGGUCUUCAGAAGCCUGAGCAAAUCCGAUUCCUCGUCGCCCAAGGUGCUGUGCGCCCUCUCUGUGACCUGUUGGCUUGCCCCGACAACAAGAUCAUCCAGGUCGCACUUGACGGUCUGGAGAACAUCCUCAAGGUCGGUGACAUGGACAAGGAGGCCUCCGAGGGCAGCGCCGAGGCGCCUGUCAACCAAUACGCGCUCUUCAUCGAGGACUGCGGUGGCAUGGAGAAGAUCCACGAGUGCCAGAACAACAGCAACGAGGAGAUCUACAUGAAGGCAUACAACAUUAUCGAGAAGUACUUCUCCGAUGAGGAGGGCGAUGCUGAGGUUGGUGAUCUCGCACCCCAACAGGGCCAGGAUGGACAAUUCGGCUUCGGUACUCAGCAGCAACAGCAGCAGUCAAACUUCAACUUUGCCAACGGCGGAGACAGCAUGGACAUGUAA